CUUGGCCAAUUUCAAAAAAUGUAUAUAUUUAUUCGGGUUAUCAAGUGACAGCUGCCAGGUGAAAACUAGACUCAGAUAAGCUCUAGUCUCGUGUCCCUAAGCAAGGUCCAAGAAUUUCGUGAUUCACAUUUGGCCGGUGCUAUAUCAAAAACAAUUCUUAUCUUAAUUUUCCUUAAAAUAUAUGCCAUACAAAUAGGUCUGUUUGCAUUAAAACACCAAUUAACAACAGCAUUCAACCAAUAAAUCACUACAUAAAUAAACAUCAAGUACACAUAAAACACAUAUUGGGAAUAUACAUAUAUAUGGUCCGGAGAUCUUAAGUACACCAAUUUAAAUUGACCACACAACAUCGAAAGAAACAACAACCAGAACGAAAAGCAAACAACAAACAGAGCCGAAGGGGCUUGAGUGAAGUGUAAACAAAUUACAUAAACAAAUUGAGGCAAAUUGGAAGACUCCGCGAGCGAACUCUCCCGAUUAAAUCAUGUUUGUGUGAACCUUAUUGCCAGAUCAACCACUCUGUGCUGUGGACUCUUAAUGCCGAUGCACACAGCCAAAUGCUGGAUGAGCCAUCCUCACGUAAGCAUGGCGAUGUACGUAGAGCGGUACGUAACGUAUCUGGUUUCUCGCGCAGGGCCAAGAGAAAGCCACGUCCGACACGCUUGGCCAAGGUCUGAAAACUGAAAACGGAAAACUGACAGCGCACGGCUGAGCGCUGGCAACUGCCAGCGGAAGGCAAGGACAUUCGGCUCGCCGACAGGAUCCGAGUCCUGCUGUUCGGGCCGAGUUAUUCAUUUGGGCCCGGAUUCGUCGGCUGCCAGCAGCUUUAAGCCUAAGCAAGAGCGAGCGAGAGGGUCAGCGAGAUGAUGGAUUCAGUAGGGGUGGCACCGGGGGAUAGGUCUCCAAAAUACCAAACAUGUGGGAGGCAAGGUCUGAGUCUUCAGCUAAAUAUUUAGCUUGCAAGCUGCAGCUUAUCUUGGAAGCAAUGCACAAUGCGUUAGGCAAAGCUUACGAUAGUUUACGUUUGUAAUGCUCUCAUUUCUAUCCGGUAAAUAAGCCAUUAGCGAACGACAUUAGCCUAAUUUCGGCGGAAUGCCAAAGCGCUGUGUGGGUUGGUCCACCAAAGGCACCUACACACUUCUAUUGCACAACAAUAUUUAGGGGUUGUUCCCGACCGUUAGAGACCUGCGCAAUAGAUUAACCCCCUGCCGCCGAACAUGGCCCCCCUAAAACGGAGAGGCUCGUGGUCGGCUCCACUUGGUCCUACCCCAAAGGACCCGGCGGAACCAAAACAAUAACAAAAUCCAGGAAGCACGACAAAAGAGAAUCCGAGGAGGGGCUGGUGAGGAAUGUGCACGUGCCUGGAAAGCCUUCGCACACCUUCCGGUGGGCAGUCAAGUUGGCGCUGGAAUUUUUAAUCAAACCUGAAGCGCAACUAUGCCACAUGGACACGGACGCACCUGCAACACACGCCACAAUCCGUGAGGUUUAUUUAAUAUAUUUGUCAUUAUAAACAUAUAUUUUAGAGAGAAAUUAAUAUUAGGCAAAUAUUUGGGCUAUUAAUAGAAAUAUUCCAUGGAGGAAUUCUAAUAUUACUCUAUCCUUAAAUGAAAGCGACAAAGCGCUCAAAACGUUAGAAACCCUUUUGAAAGGGGGUCAACUGUAAAACGCGAAGCACAUUAACAUGCUAACAAUGGGGUAAAUGUAAUAAAAUUUUUAAAUUAUUAAGUUAUUAGCAAUUUAGUCACUCGAAUAUAUCCCAAUCAGACCAACACAUUAUUAGAAAAUAAUUAUUAUAACAAGCGAGUUCAACCGUUUCACAAAUUCCUUUGCUUCUACUAAUUAUUUGUGUCUAUUUCGGCGGAGAAGGAUGGAAAUUAAAAGGGUCUAUUUCGAAUCCUACGAGUUCUUCCUAACAAUAACUUACAAGUUAGCAUGAGGUAAAAUAAAAUAUAAUAUUCAUAUAUAAUAAUAAUCGGCUUAUAUUUAACAACGUUCUUUCCAUUUGUGUUUUUUUUUUUUUUUUUUGCCUGGCUCGACUAAUACACAUCGAUUUUAACUACUUAAUUUAGCUGAAGCGUGGGCUAUUUCGAAUUGGGUUUCACUUCAUUGAACAUUAUUUCAAAGUUCCUUAAAACUGCCCAUUUUUUGUAGAAUAAAAGAGUAUACCAGAUUCUUUGAAAAGUAUGUAACAGGUAGAAGGAAGCGUUUCCCACCAUAAAAUAUAAAGUAUGUGUAUUCUUGAUCAGGGUCAAAAUCUGUGUUGUUUUGAGCUGUACACAUGUAAAUGUUUCUUUACUCUAAAAUAAUUGUUUAACGAAUAUGUUAGCUUAUUAUCAAAUGUUUUCGUUUUUGUGUUUCAUUUUUAUGUGUCGCUCAACAGACAAUUUAACAGCUUGAUUAUAAGUCCAUUUAAGUGAAUCCGGCGACUGAUAUAUAUCUGAUUUAUUCAGGCAACUGCAAUAUGAUAUAAUCGCGCCUCGAUUUUCACGCCAGGUUAGUUCUCCAUUCGUCAUCUAGAAGUCAUGUUAGCAGUUCUGAUCUUUGUCCUGGUGCUCCCGACACCUCUGCAGGUGGAGGCCAAGUUCAAGAGUCUCCACUGUACCAACUACGACAAAUCCUAUGGCGAAAUUUUGCUGUGCAAAAUCAAGGCCAUCAAUCGGUACAGGAACUCGAUAAGUAUCCAAUUCAGGCAGAUGAGAACCGUCAAUAAUGUCCAUAUGCGUUUGGAGUUUUUUAAACGAGCCAACGGCUGGCGUCCUUUUUUGUACAAUAUUUCGUUUAAUCUGUGCGAUUUCCUAUCUAAGAGAAACAAUGUGAUCGUGAGCCUCGGAUACGAGUAUCUCAAGCCGUACAUCCCAAUUACGAAUUACACUUGCCCGUUUAAGAAAAAUCAUUUAAUUAAGUGUACCGACCUCGAGUUCGAUAUCGAAAAGUUCCGAGUUCGAUUUCCUAUAGAAACCGGGGAAUACGCUCUCCAGCUGAGCUUCAUUGUCCAGAGGAAAGUCACGCUGACCCUCAAUGGCUCUGCAGAAUACUACAACUAUCGAGAGCACUAAUAU